CCAGCCCAUGAGCGGACGGACGUCAGCGGAGGAACAUUCAGUACUUGUCGCAAACUAAAGCCGGAGAAGAAGAAAGAGGAGGAGGGGGGAAGUUCCUGUCUUUAUGGUCCCUCCUCUCGUUCUGUAUUUUUUUCCGAUCCUCCCUCAAGCUCUCCUUACCUCUCAUACACAAACCGUGAGUCACCGGAGCGGACCUGGGAAACGACCCGCUGAAACGCACCCGUGUCCCGGUCGUCUCUUCCCUCUGCUUCGGUCUCCAAUUUAGCUUCAACUUGUUGUUUUUGUCGCACUUUUCCUCGCUGUCGACAUGCCCGAGGACGUCGGAUCAGCCAAACCUGUUACACCUCCCUAUCUCCUCCCCUCAGGCGGAGUGAUCGCCUACAUCUCGUCGGGCGCCGCCUCCAGCCCUGAAUCAUGUAUGAACACCAGUCCCAGCGGCAGAGCGGGGGGCAGCUUCCUUUCUACGUCGCCCACCCCUCCUCGCCCCUCGCUGCCCAGCCGGGCGGUGGGCAUGGUGGUGGAUAUAGCGCCGCCGACCAAGAGCGGGCCCAGAGGGGGCAACGGCGUGGAGAAGGCCGGACGCUCGUCCACCUCCGCCAAGAGCAGCAUUACCAAAAUCAACGGAAUGGUGCUUCUGUGUAAAGUGUGCGGAGACGUCGCCUCAGGCUUCCAUUACGGCGUUCACGCAUGCGAAGGCUGCAAGGGCUUCUUCCGCAGGAGCAUCCAGCAGAACAUUCAGUACAAGAAGUGCCUCAAGAUGGAGAACUGCACCAUCAUGAGGAUCAACAGGAACCGAUGCCAGCAGUGUCGCUUCAAGAAGUGCUUGGCCGUCGGGAUGUCCAGAGAUGCCGUGCGAUUCGGCCGCAUCCCCAAGCGUGAGAAGCAGCGGAUGCUCCUUGAGAUGCAGAACGCCAUGAACAACAUGAUGAGCAACAACAGCCAGCUGCACAGUAUGCUGCACGGCCACCAGAGCCCGCCACCGCCCAACGACACCAGCCCCUCGCCUUCGUCGUCCAACUCUUCCUCCUCUUCCUCUUCGUCGUCUUCCUCCUCGGAGUCACCGUCCUGCUCCAACCCCUCGUCCCCGCAGUGCCCCCUGCGGGACGCCGAGUCCGUGGUCUCCAUGGACACCAACUCCAGCUCGUCCUCGUCCUGCGGGUCCGACAGCGGCGAGGACGACGUGGCCGUCGUCAGGCAGGCGGAGACGGCGAUGUCGCAGUCGUCCGCCGCGUCGGCAGAAAGCGGCUCGGACGUCCGCGUGGAGGCGGCGCAGCGGAGCUGGAACCGCUGGAACGACGACAAUGACGUGGCCGUGUCAGGAUACCGGGACGCGCCGCACACGUACGCGCACUUUAACCAGCACACGCAACAGCGGCAGCUCGGCGGCGCCACCGCUUGUCCGAUGGACACGCAGCAGCCACGGGUCUACCCCAACAACAGAGCGCACCUGGUGUGUCCCAUGAACACGUCACCCUACGUGGACCCCAGCAAGCCCAGCCAGGAAAUCUGGGAGGAAUUCUCCAUGAGCUUCACGCCCGCCGUGCGCGAGGUGGUGGAGUUCGCCAAGAGGAUCCCGGGCUUCAAAGACCUCCCCGAGCACGACCAAGUGGGGCUGCUCAAGGCCGGGACCUUCGAGGUGUUGAUGGUGCGCUUCGCGUCGCUGUUUAACAUGGCGGAGCGCACGGUGACCUUCCUGAGCGGCAAGCACUACAGCCUGGACACGCUGCGAGCGCUCGGGGCCGGAGAACUGCUGGCGUCCAUGUGCGACUUCAGCGAGAAGCUCACCGCGCUCAGGCUCGACCGCGACGAGAUGAGCCUCUUCACCGCCGUCGUCCUCGUCUCCGCCGACCGUUCGGGCCUGCAGGACCUGACGGCGGUGGAGGCGCUGCAGGACCAGCUGAUCCGGGCGCUGCGCCAGCUGCUCAUGCAGAACCACGGCGACGAGGCGGCCACCACCUUCACCAAACUGCUGCUCAAGCUGCCCGAGCUGCGAUCGCUCAACAACAUGCACUCGGAGGAGCUGCUCUCAUUCAAGGUGCACCCCUGAUCGUCAUCGUCAUGAUGAUGACGAUGGACACGCACCCAGACAGACCAAUCCUUAUGUACUCAAAGACGAGAAGAAGUUGUACUGUAUUUGUGGAGAGGAUUGUUGCAAACCAACACGGAGGCACUUGAAAACUUGACCGGCUUUAUGCAAAUGAUGCGAUUUUUGUAUUUGUUUCCUUUCGGAAGCCAUUUUGAUGCAUGUUGAUAGCGACAAAAAGCUAAUGUGACCAAUGUGCUGCUAAUGCUAAUGCAUGGCUAAACGUGCUCGUGGCCACUUCCUCCUCCUCUCUGCAGACUGUAUGUGUGUGUGUGUUUAGUAUAAGUGUUCUUGUUCUUGUUGUGCUAUUUUUAUUUUAUUUUUUAAGCCGCCUCGCCCCCUUAAGCGCACCGCCUGAAGAUUUCCGGAACAUUCGCACACAUUAGCCUGAAUCUACCUGAACCUGCGCUCGGUGCUGUGUGGUGCCAGCUGGAGGCCCAAAUGUCAUCGUUUUUUAUGGUUUAUUUUUUUUCUAACGUUCCACUUUUUUCUUUGUAUGAUUUUUUUUUUUUGUUUUGUUUGUUUGAUUUUCAAUCAAACGUGUUUCAUGCACGGCACUGAACAUGGAAAAAAAAAAAGUGUCGUCCAUCUUUUUGUUUCUUGUACUUGGCAACACUGUCAAUUGUAAAUAACUAUACAUAUAAAUAUAUAUAAAUAUAUAAAUAUCUCUUGAACAUAGACAAAUAUGUAUAGUAUAAAUGAAUAAAUAUGGGAGAAGAAAAUGA